CUCUGCAGUCAUAGUUCGUCCCAACUUCCCCAACUACCAGUGCCUUCUGCGUCCGUCGGUUCCAGCGUUUCUCCGUCAGCCCCCCGCCGAGCCGAUACAGCCCGGGUCGGAGCCAUGAACUCCGGGUCGGUGGACCUACUCUCCCCGGACGACUCGUUCCUGGUCCGGUCCUCCGUGGUCCGGCUCAGGCUCCGGGCGCAGGCGGAACUAGACCCGCUGCACAUACUGGACUUCUCGGACGGGUUCCUCAUCAAGUUCCUCCGGGCCCGGGACAUGGACGUGGAGCUGUCCCUGAAGCUGAUGCUGAACUACCAGCGCUGGAGGAGGGAGAGCCCUGAGAUCAGCGGCUGUCUGUCGCCGCGCUCCGUCUCCGCGCUGCUCGACAACGGUUACCAUGGCGUCCUGCCGCUCAGAGACCACAGUGGCUGCAGGGUGCUGGUCUACAGGAUAUGUCGCUGGAAUCCUAAGGACUGGACGGCCAUCCAGGUGUUCAGGGUCAGCCUGAUGACAUCAGAGGUCAUCGCCAUGGAGACGGAGACCCAGCAGAGGGGGGUCAAGGUGAUCUUUGACCUGGAGGGUUGGAGCUUCAGUCACGCCCUCCAGAUUAACCCCUCCCUCGCCCGCAAGAUCUCCUCUGUACUCGUGGACUCAUUCCCUCUGAAGGUGAAGGCGAUCCACCUUAUCAACGAGCCGAUCUUCUUCGGGCCGGUCUUCGCGAUGCUCCGCCCCUUCCUGCCAGACAAGAUAAAAAAGAGGGUGCACAUGCACGGCUUCAACUACCACGACUCGCUGACAGACUUCUUCCCCACCUCCCUCCUCCCCCCGGAGUACGGGGGGGAGGGGCCUGGGCUGGAGGGGGUGUGUCAGCAAUGGGCCAAUCGGCUGCUCCAGUCCGAGCGGCUGCUCGAGCAGAUCGCCGCCCAUCGCACGGGCGACGUCACCGCCGGCAACCAGAUCACGGGAGGAGAGGAGGAGGAGGAUGAGGAGGAGCCUCAGCAGGAGGAGCAGGAGGUGCACCAUCAGGAGGAGGUGCACUAGCAGGAGGAGGAGGAGGAGCCUCAGCAGGAGGAGCAGGAGGAGCCUCAGCAGGAGAAGGAGGAGCCUCAGCAGGAGGAGGAGGAGGUGCACCAGCAGAAGGAGGUGCAUUAGCAGGAGGAGGAGGAGGAGCCUCAGCAGGAUGAGGAGGAGCCUCAGCAGGAGAAGGAGGAGCAGGAGCAGGAGGCUGAAAGAAGGUCAUGAGUUAUGGUAUUGCGGCUCCACCCAAACACAAUGUGCAUCCUCUUGUAACUGUCAGUGUCCCUGAGCUGAACUUCACUAACUGGUAUUUCUCCAGUGAAGCCAGUUCAGACAGCCUGCAGAGCCCACUGCCCGCCCAGAUGCUCUGGACAUGAGGUCCCGCCUCUCUCCCCAAUCACUGCCCAGUAGAAGCAACUCAUUCCUGAGAUAAGAGGGGAGGGGUGUAGCACCUAGCACUUAACAUAGCCCUUAGCCCAUAGCAUAGCACAUAGUGUAGCAUGUGAUGUUUGUCAUUGGAACAGAUAUAUGUUGUGCUAAGGGGAAUCUGUUCUAAGGUGUGUGUUUGUGUGUGUGUGUGUGUGUGUGUGUGUGUGUGUGUGUGUGUGUGUGUGUGUGUGUGUGUGUGUGUGUGUGUGUGUGUGUGUGUGUGUGUGUGUGUGUGUGAUGGUCACCUAGUGUACUAUCCGUCCUAUUCAUAAUAUUAUCAAUAUUAAAUGUGAUAUUAAAUAUCAUUCUUAUAACAUUCUACUCUGUCCCUCUCCUCUUCUCUUCUCUUCUCUUCUCUUCUCUUCUCUUCCACUCUCCUCUCCUUCUCUCCUCUCCUCUCUUAUUCUGAACAGUUGGAGCCAUGGGUUAUUUAAACGUUUUUUUUUUUUUUAAUUCAAGGUAUUUAAACUGUAUUUAACAGCCAGUAUUAUAGCUUUGAUUUUAGUGUUUUAACUGUUGACCAAAGGAAAAAUUGUGAAAUAUAUUACUGGGCGAUCUACCUUUUUAUAAUAGUCUGUUUUAAAUAGUCUAUAUUCAGUGUUCAGUUGUGUGUGCCAUUGGACAUGAUUGAAGACAGUUUAGAAAGGUCACUUUGGCAUUUAAUAAAUAAGUAAUGUUGUAUUUCUUCAGUGUA